CUCCCACUCACUUAACCCCUUCUUCAGAGCAGUAUCUAUCCAAUCCGCCUAUUUUCAACACUCGUCCCACGAAACAAAGCCAUAACCUUCCCGUCCCCCACCAUGUCGCCGCCCACUCCAACCGUCUACCUCAUCACCGGCGCCAGUCAAGGAAUCGGCCACGGCCUACUCACCACCCUCCUGCACCGACCACACACCACGAUCCUCGCGGCCCUGCUCGAAAUCGACGCCUCGUCCCCAACGGCCGCCUCCACCGCCAUCGCGCACCUCCAAUCCACAUCGCCCACCCCGAUCACGCACAUCGACACCGUGAUCGCCAACGCCGGCCACUACGACGAUGCGACCUACCGCAUCGACAACGUCCCCCUCGACGUCGUCCAGCAGCAUCUGGACGUCAACACCCUCGGCGUCAUCCGGCUCUUCCAGGCGACUUAUCCCCUGCUGCAGAAGAGCCAACGGCCGAUGUUCCUCACCGUCGGCAGCUUUCUGGGGAGUAUUGCGGGGCUGGACAUGGAUAAGGCGGCCGCGAAUUGGGUUACCAGGAAGAUGCAUGUGGAGAAUCAGGGAUGGGUUUGUUUUGUUGUGCAUCCGGGAUUUGUGAAGACGGGGAUGGGAAAUGCUUGUGCGAAGAGUAUUGGGAUCGAUGAGGCGUUUACGGAGGUUGGCGAGUGUGUGGAUGCUAUGAUUAAGCUGAUUGAUGGCGCUACGAGGGAGACGUUUGGGGGGCGCUUCGUCAACUGUAAGGGCGAGGACGUUCCGUUCUGAUGGUGAAUCCAGUACUGCAAGUGUCAUGGCUCAUGGCUAUGGAUACCUACCGGUGGGUGAACGAGUCAGGGGUUACGCUAGUAUUCUUCCGGAGUAAUUCGAGUCAAGGAUAUAUAGUAUAUGGUAUGGAAGGGAAAUCCUGAAUCUGUUGCUGCAU